AUGCAUCUGAGCAUCAUCUACACCGCGGCUCUGGUGGCUGCCAUCUCCCCGGCUUUGGCAUUCUGGCGUCUGCCUUGCCAGGGGCGUUUGGGUGUUGCUCGUCUCGAUCCUCUCGUCAAUCCUGGCCAAAUCGCACCUCACGCCCAUGUUGUCCACGGUGCUAGCAACUUUGGUAUGACCGUCACCACUGACGAUCUCUUGAAUUCCCACUGCACAUCUUGCGCGAUAAAGCAGGAUAAAUCCAUCUAUUGGACCCCAGGAACCUACUUCAAGUAUCCCAAUGGAGAAACUGAAUUAGUGGAGCAAGUCGGUGGUAUGCUUGUCUACUAUCUGCCACGCGGAGAGGGUGUCAAGGCAUUCCCCAAGGGCUUCCGCAUCCUUGCUGGAGAUCCCUACCUGCGCAACUUCACUUGGCCAGUCCCCGACCCUCCGAAGUCCUCUUGGUCAAAGUACGAGUCCACACAAUUCGCCCUGUCCCAAAAGGCUGUAGGUUUCAACUGUCUUAACUAUGCGGGCACUCCCGAACCAACUCUCUACCGCCACACCAUGCCAUCCAAGAAAUUCAUUGAUGAAAACUGUCCUAACGGCAUUCGCAUGGAGAUUUUCUUCCCGUCCUGCUGGAACGGCAAGGACCUUGACACUGACGAUCACAAAUCACACAUGGCGUAUCCCAAUCUUGUUGAGGAUGGUGUCUGCCCCGAGGGCUUCAAAACACGCCUUGUUUCUCUCCUAUACGAAACCAUCUGGCAUACUGCUAAAUACAAGGGCAUCGAGGGUGAGUUUGUGCUCUCCAACGGCGACCCGAACGGAUGUGGCUACCAUGCCGACUUCAUCGAAGCUUGGGAACCUGGCGUCCUCGACGAUGCCGUGAAGUCAUGCAAAAACUCCUCCGGUCGUGUCGAGGACUGCGGCAUCUUCAACCUGCAAUCCGAGGCUGAGCAAAACAAGUGCAAGUUCAAAACGCCCUCCCCCAUCGCUACUGAAGGCUGCAAGUUCUCCAAGAAUGGCCUUCCCGGCGCGGUUGAGAUUUUACGCGGUCCCGAAUAUGCGAAGGUAGUCACGCCCAAGAUCGACAUUAUAGCUGCCGAUGUUCCCAAGGUCAACUAUCCUCUUCUUCCAGGCCACAAACCACCUCCACCAGCUCCGACCACCACCACCACCACUCGUGCCCCUGCUCCCGCGCAGUUCUUCGCCCCCUCCGAGAAUGCCGGCGAUGGCGAUACCGUUCCCAUUUCCACCAGAACAUACACCGAAGGCAAUGUUGUUUAUGAAGUCGUCAUCGUGGAAGAAAAGGUCACUACUACCAUUGAUGUCCCCGCUGGAGCUACGCCACCUGCUGGAGGCAAGGUUCUGAGGAGAGCGAGACGCCAUGCGCAUGGCCAUCGUCAUUAG